AUGUCUAUUUCGCUGAAUCCCCCCCCAAAUACUUGGUCGUAUACCGACUUUCUCCUCGCGAAUAGGAACGCCAUCGUCAACUCAUCGCCCUAUACGGACGACUGGAGAGGACUAGAGAAUGCUGAGGUCAAGGCCGAGAAUACAAAAUUGAAACAAGCUAUACACGUAGACGCAAAUGCUGAGCUCAAGACCAGAUUCGAGGAGCUAGAAAAGAAAAAUAAAACAGACACCAGUAAUCUUAUUGCUGAAAAUGCUGAGCUCAGAGACAGAGUCACGAAAUUGGAACAGAAGCAGACACAAAGUGAUAGCGUGUACGUAUUAGAAGAUUCUAUUCUCCACGAAGCAUCAUCUGAUAUUUCUUCCAAUAUACAUACAUACUCGUCCGAGCCUAAAUCGUCGGAAAAUAAAGAGAUCGUUUCAGAUACUUCUAUCUCUCCUGAGCAAAAUCAUGAAAGACCAGGGGGCGAGUCUCCAAAUCAUAACAUUUAUGUGUCCGAAGAGCCUGAUGAAAUUGAGCCCACUAAAAGUCAAUGUAUAGAGCAAGGGUUAACAAAAGAAUUGUGA